AUGUCUCCGUCAGCGACAAUCACCAACGGAACGACCAUAAUUCCCAAACUUGACCGGCCACUGGCAUUCUAUGGCACCGUCAUCCACUGUUUAUCUCAAUCCGAGGUCGAGAUAGCAGAGUCGGCAUUGCUCCUAGUUAACAUCCACGGCAAGAUCUCAAGCUUCCACAAAGAUGUCAAGCAGGAUCAAAUCGAGCAGCUCCUGUCAGAACAAGGCUGGUCUACUGAGACCGUGUCACUCACCAUUCUGGAGCGCGGCAAAUUCAUGGUCCCAGGAUUCUUCGACACCCACAACCACGCUCCGCAAUGGACUCAGCGAGGGACUGGUCGCGGCCAUCUCAUCAUGGAUUGGCUCAAUAACACAACCUUCCCACACGAAGCUCGAUUUGCCGACCCGGACUAUGCACGCAAGACCUACGCGUCAUGUGUUGACGGAUUCCUCAAGCAGGGAGUCACGACAGCUUGUUACUACGGUUCACUGCACGGCGAGGCCACCAAGAUCCUUGCCGAGAUAUGUAUACAAAAGGGCCAACGCGCAUAUGUCGGCAAGUGUAACAUGAACCGCGAAGCUCCCGACUACUACAGAGACGCCAGUGCCGAGGAAUCAAUAUCAGUGACCAGAGACUUCAUCGACCAUGUGCGGAAGAUCGAUCCCAAGUUCGAGCUCGUCACUCCCAUCCUGACCCCGCGAUUUGCGGUCGCUUGCGAUGCCGACGUCCUGUCGGGUCUCGGGAAGAUCGCUGCAGAGGAUCCAACCCUCCCGAUCCAGACACAUUUCAACGAGACGCCCCAGGAGAUGGAGAUCACCAAGAAACUGUAUCCGGAGUUUGAGAACGAGUCAGACCUGUACGAACAUUUCGGACUCCUGAACGAGCGCUCCGUCCUUGCGCACUGCAUCUACAUGGACGAAUACGACAUGUCCAGACUAGAGCAUCUCAACUGUGGAAUCGCGCACUGCCCCGUGUCGAACACCACCUCGGGGACCUUCGGGGUUGCUCCGGUUCGGGAAUACCUGAGAAGGGGGAUGAAGGUUGGCUUGGGAACAGACAGCGGGGGCGGGUUCUCGUCGUCCAUCAUGGACUGCAUGAGACAGGCCUUUGUGGUUUCCAAUGCGAAGAAACUCUCGACCGGUGGUGCUGACAAGUCGCUCUCGUUCUACGAAACCUUCUACCUUGCCACGCUGGGCGGAGCGCGGGUCUGCAAUCUUGACGGCAUAGUUGGUAAUUUCCAGGUCGGCAAGGAAUUCGACGCCCUGGAGAUCCACACGGUUGGGAAAAAUGCGGGAAUUGUGACGUUGGUGGAAGAUACUGACUCAACAGCAAAGAUCUUUGAGAAGUUUAUCAUGAGCGGCGACGACAGGAACAUUGCAAGGGUGUUUGUCAAAGGUCGCAGUGUCAAAGAAUGCUAG